UCCCCCGUCACUCUUCGGUGUGUGCAGCGUCAGAUUUUUCAUCCUAUUCGCUCACUCUUUUCCUCUGUCCUUUUAACUGACGUACUGGUACUUGCUCUGCCACUGGUUUUUCGGGAUAUCGUGUGAAAAGAAACUAUUUCUAAAAUGUUUAAGAGACUCAUGAAAGUUGGUAUUAAAGCCAGCAUCUUGACGAGUGCUGUAUAUUAUACCAUUGACCAAGGUCUUUGGGAAGAUACAGACCAGGCAGACAAAAUAUAUUCUGACAUCUAUCAAGCUGUCGCACCAUACGUCAAAGACGUUCCUGUUGAGGUUCCAGAACUGCCCUCCUUAUCUGAUUUUGCUGCUUCAUCUAAACUGUAUUACAACCAAGGAGUUAUUGCCACUGGAAAUUUCUUUAAAGACUUACCAUCCAAUACUGCAUCUGUAGCCGGAGAUCUGAAAUCCACUUUAUCAACUCUAUUAGAUGCACCGCCAUCUCAAGAAAAUUCAGCAGACAGCACCUCUGGCAAAUCAUGAAUAUAGUUUUACUCAAUUGUAGAUUGCAGUGAUAUGUGCAUUUCCUUGGAAUAAAACACACCUGAAGUUGUACAGUCUUUAAGAAGGAAUAAAUAGUGAUCUGUGAUAAA